GCCCGACAAGUCAUGGCGCAGCUGAGGGUUGAAUGAAUUCGGUGCAGACAGUUGUGCUAAUUAUGUAAUCUUCUGUCAUACAUAUACAGGCUAAUGUAAACCAUUCUGUAUAAACGCUAGUGUGACGUAUUAGCCCAUUCACAGGUCAUUGGGAAAACAAGUACUCUUAGUCAUUGUAGCCCAGGUUCUCCCCCAAAAUAUGGCGCAUGCGAGCUCAUUAAGACGCACAAAAAAAUUACUGACUAUAACUGUAGAAUCGAACGGGAUGGAAUUCAGAAACAGAAGAUAAGGAACACAAUUUGCCCCAUCAUUGCGGCGUUACCACAAAUUCGAAAUGGACUGCGCGUUUAAAGCUGGGUGAAAUAAUGUUCUAGCUGCAUUGGAAUGAUGUCCCUCUUGUCUAGUUCCCUGUUUUUUGCCAACUGAUAUAGGUACGCCGUUUACAGGUUAUAACCCGUCUUUAAUCCAGGUGUGAAAAGGAAAGUAAAAUGUAAUUAGCCUACUUCAUGUUUAACAAAAGCCUGACCAGUAAAGGCCUCUGCAAGCAUGCAACGUAGAAGUUAAACUCGACUAUGAAGACUUCAUUCUUCACAGCAGGGCGACUUACGUCAUCAAUUUGGGCGCCAGCAGUGUCCGUGUAGGGCUGCCCGUUCCACUCCGAUUCCACUCUACCGCCUGCUCGGUCAGCGCAGGGAGCAGACAGACAUGAGCGCGCGGAGAUAAACACUGUUUGGAUUACUGGAUAUAUGAAUGUAAUCGCUGCACUAGGAUGUCAUUUUUUAAAGUUCAGCAGGUCUAGAAGGGUUAACAGUCCUGCAGCCGACCGGUCUGCCACCUCCGCCUUUGAAGGGGGCGCCAAUGCCAACCUAAACAGAAAGGAUUACCCAGAAUCCUCCACUUCACACGCGAGGUGACAGCAUCCCACUGCCAUGGGGAACCAGCUGACCGAGAUAGCCCCCAGCACCCAGUUCCUGCAGAACUUCCAGGCCUUGCACGUGGUGUUGAUCGGCCUGGAUGCGGCUGGAAAAACCUCACUGCUUUAUAGACUGAAACUCAAUGAGUUUGUCGAGACCAUCCCGACAAAGGGCUUUAACACAGAGAAGAUCAAGGUAGCGGUGGGUGGCUCCAGGGCCAUGGCCUUCCAGGUGUGGGACGUAGGGGGUCAGGAAAAGCUGCGGCCCCUGUGGAAGUCGUUCACACGGAGGACGGACGGCCUGGUGUUUGUGGUGGACUCUUCCGAGCCGGAGCGCAUGGAGGAGGCCAAGGUGGAGCUGCACAGGAUCACCCGUACACCGGAGAACCAGGGGGUGCCUGUCCUGGUGCUGGCCAACAAGCAGGACCUGGCCUCGGCUCUGUCCUUGAGCGAGGUGGAAAAGGUCCUGGCUGUCCAUGAACUGAGCACCUCCACCCAGCACCACAUACAGAGCUGUAGUGCUUUGGAUGGAGAGGGCCUGCAACCGGGCCUGGAGAAACUCUACCACAUGAUCCUGAAGAGGAAGAAGAUGUUGAAGCAGAACAAAAAUAAAAAACGAUGAGCUUGGUCCUGGGUGACGGGGGCAUUUAUCCACAGACUAUGGGACCCUGAGCGGAGGUCCCGUCGCUUUGAAAUAAAAGGAAGGGCUUUUUGCCCAAAAAAGUACUAAUUCCUGGUGGCUCAGGGUUGAGGAGAAAUGGAUUUAGCCUUUGUGUGACAUGCAGUAUUGAUACACUGUGUCUUUCAUUACCUUGUAUUAGCCACUCCAAAGCCCUUUGUAUGCAAGCAAUAUGUGAUAGCCACAAUAGGCAGUACCUGCCUAUGAAAUAUUGUAUCCCAUAUGGACACUUGUUUUAUCCCACCACAUAGUAGAAAUGUGAUACAGAACUGUGGCCUCAGAGCUCCUGUAGGAUUUCAACAAAACACAUUUAGUAUGAUGUGAAAGUGAACCUAUUGAUAUAAAACUAUCAAACAUGGCUAUUAGCUACAGUGUCAUUUAUUUGGGUAGCUUUUGAAAAACUUAUUCCUAGUGCAUUCCCUUUAUGCCACUGAGGUCAGGUUUCCAUUGGAUUCACAGAAAUUAUAAAUGUUUUAUAUCACUGAAGAAUAAAUAAAUCAACACAC